GAGAAGAAGAAGAAGAAAACGCGCCAAAGCACAUCGUGGGGCUGAUUGAAAAAAAUACAAGAUGGCAUCAACAAGUAAAGCACAACCUCAGACGAGAAAUUUACCAUGGGUUGAAAAGUACAGGCCACAGACAUUAGAUGACCUCAUCUCUCAUCAAGACAUCCUGAGCACAAUUCAGAAGUUCAUCAGUGAAGACCGAUUGCCUCAUCUGCUCUUCUAUGGACCUCCAGGAACAGGAAAGACCUCUACUAUACUAGCAUGUGCUAAACAGCUGUACAAAGAUAAAGAGUUCAACUCCAUGGUCCUGGAGCUCAAUGCGUCAGAUGACCGUGGCAUAGAUGUGGUGAGGGGGCCGAUCCUCAGCUUUGCCAGCACACGAACCAUCUUCAAGAAAGGCUUUAAGUUGGUGAUCCUGGACGAGGCGGAUGCUAUGACCCAGGACGCACAGAAUGCUUUAAGGAGAGUCAUUGAGAAGUUUACAGAGAACACACGCUUCUGUCUGAUCUGUAACUACCUUUCAAAGAUCAUACCUGCGCUGCAGUCUCGAUGCACACGGUUUCGUUUCGGCCCCCUGUCCCAGAGCCAGAUGAUUCCCAGACUAGAGCAUGUGAUACAGCAAGAGAGCAUUGACAUCACUCCAGAUGGCAUGAAGGCCAUUGUGACCCUUUCAACAGGAGACAUGAGGCGAUCAUUAAACAUUUUACAGAGUACACAUAUGGCCUAUGGGAAGGUGACAGAGGAGACAGUGUACACAUGUACUGGACAUCCUCUCAGAUCAGACAUCGCUAACAUACUGGACUGGGCCCUCAAUAAAGACUUCACCACUGCAUAUAACCAAAUUCUGCAGCUCAAAACUCUAAAAGGUCUGGCACUUCAUGACAUUUUAACAGAAGUCCAUCGUCUCAUUCACUGUGUGGACUUCCCACCCUCCAUCCGCAUGGGCUUGCUUAUAAAACUUGCCGAUAUUGAGUAUCGUCUGGCCUCUGGAACCAAUGAGAAGAUCCAGCUGAGCUCAAUGGUUGCAGCUUUCCAGGCUGUUAGAGACACAGUAGUCAGCGAUGGAUAGACCAUUGGUUCACACUUUUAAAAGGGUUAUGUAACAUAGACCCGUGAUGUCAUGAGAGGAAGUUGUUUACUUCUUCAUAUUGUUCUGACAAAAAAAAAAAAAAACUGCGCAGAACCCUGUAAUAUUUUUGAAAU